GUAUAUAAGUGAUGGUAGGCGCGAAUGUACGUCGAUACUCUAGUAAGCUCUUACGGAGGCUGUGACUUAGUGCUAUUCAUAGUAUUAGUGCUAUUCAGAGUAUAUCCAGAUAUUCUUUAGUGGUUUCCCGUAUUUUUGAAAACCCGAACGCGAUGGAGUUGCUGAUACAGGUAUCACUGGGCCUACUGACCAUUGGGCUGUGGAUUGUCAGGAAGAAAUUUGGAGACUGGCUGAGGUCAAAAAGCAGAGAAUGGCUGAGGUCAAGGUCAAAAAGCAUCGAGGAGAGGAAAGUAGAGAGAAAUGAGGAAGAAAACAAAGAUUUGACGAGAACAAUUCCGACGAGUGUAAACUACCAUUUUACAAGGCAAUGCAAUUACAAAUGUGGCUUCUGCUUUCACACAGCCAAGACCUCCUUUGUUCUUCCUCUGGAGGAAGCCAAGAGAGGCCUGAGGAUGCUCAGAGAUGCAGGCAUGGAAAAGGUGAACUUCAGUGGUGGCGAACCAUUCAUGAAAGACCGUGGACGUUACGUUGGGGAGAUGGUCCGCUACUGUAAAAGGGACCUUCAGCUGCCCUCUGUCACGAUAGUCUCCAAUGGCAGUUUGAUCAAAGAAGACUGGUUCAGGGAAUUUGGAGAGGACCUUGACAUUCGGCUGGCAUUGUCUUGCGACAGUUUUGUGCCUGAAAAACAAAAUGCACUGAUUGGUCGUCAGCAGGGAAAAAAGAAUCACCUGCGGACCCCCCCAGUCUUGAAGAAAGUGAGGCAGUGGUGUGCGCAGUAUAAAGUUGCCUUCAAGCUAAACACAGUCGUGAACAUACACAAUAAAGAUGAAGAUAUGUCUUCUGAGAUACUGGAACUUAACCCUUGCCGUUGGAAGGUCUUCCAGUGCCUUCUCAUAGAUGGAGAGAAUGCAGGCGAGGAGGCAAUCCGGCAUGCAGAGGAGUUCGUCAUAAGUGACGAAGAGUUCCAGACAUUCCUGGACCGUCACAAGGAAGUUCCUUGCCUGGUGCCUGAAUCUAACGAGGCCAUGCGCUACUCCUAUCUCAUACUUGAUGAAUAUAUGCGGUUUCUGGACGGAGGCAGUAAGCAGCCAUCCAAGUCCAUCCUGGACGUGGGUGUGGAGAACGCCAUAAAAUUCUCGGGCUUUGACGAAAUUAUGUUCCUGAAGAGAGGGGGCAAAUACAAGUGGAGUAAAGCAGACAUGUCUCUGGCCUGGUGAAAUGUCUGUGGUGAUGUUACUUAAUACCGAAAAUACUUUAAUUUUGAAUUAAUUUUGAAUUUGAUCUCUGUUUUGGUGGGUUGAUCAUUGAGGGUUUUACGAAAACACGUUAUACAGUAUAUUGAUAUUGGUUUAUAGUUGUUGCUUAUACAGUAUAUUGAUAUUGGUUUAUAGUUGUUGCAAAUGGAGGGGGAAUACUGUAAUGUAAAACAGCAAAUUAGGUAUUUUAUUCUAAGAUCAGUCUCUCGGUUGUGAGGUCCUCGGUUGUGAGGUCAAGAUGCUGUCUAAUGGAAACCCAAUUUUAUGAAUAAUUUUUUCCUAUUAAGGUUUCAACGAAAAUCCGUCAAAAACAGCUUCCCUGCCAUUGAGUGACUCAAGCGAUGUACCUGAAAUAAGAUGUGGUUUAUAGUGUAAACAUUCCUCUUUGUAUUGAUGUGAUAUGGCUUUUGUUUGUUGAGUCUUACUCUCUUGUUAAUCUUAAUAGAUUUCAAAAUAUUUAAAAAAAUAUCUUUUCAAUGUUCUUUCAUCAGAAAUGAUGCCCUGUGUGAAUUUGUCAUGAUGAUGUAUACAUAUGUCUGUGAAAUUUAAAGUUAGAGUUCUUGCAUUUCUUUCCAUACUUACACUGGAAAGUGAAUUUUUAUAAAAUUUGCAGGUCUGCAUUGUGAAGUACCUCUGAAACUAGUAGCCACUGUUAAAUUUUUUUUUUUAAUUUUUUCAUUACCGUUGUUUCACGUUGUUUCAUUAUAUAACAGUGUAGGCAUGGAAGAAUGCAUCAUGUGAUGAGUACAAUGUAGUUUAUAAUCCACAAACUGUAUACCUGUGUAAAAUGUAAAAGGGUCUCUCUCUCUCUCUCUCUCUCUCUCUCUCUCUCUCUCUCUCUCUCUCUCUCUCUCUCUCUCUUUCUUUCUUUCUUUCUUUCUUUCUUUCUUUAUAGGCUUAAGGCUAGUCUUGUCUUUACUUUUGAAACUCCUCUUGUGCUUCGUAACUCAGUAUGUAUAGGCCUUAAGGAGUUAUACCACUACAUACCAUAGUUGUGUCACAAUUAUAGUAGUAGUGAGGUCAACAACCUCUUAACUUGUUUAAAUGACACUUGUGUGAAGUUAACCUAACAUACAUUCAGCGAUGGAAGUGAUGAAUUACACUUUCAGAUUGACUAAGUUGAUCAUCAACCACUAACAGGUACAAAACUGACAAUUUCCAUUUAUGACAAACUCUGAUUUUCUAUGGUAUACAAAAAGAUUUUCUAUUAAUAUUACGUAAAGUCAAAACUAUUUAAAACAUGCUAUUUACUAAAAACACUAUUUUGAUACUAGAUGUGUUGCAGCUUGAAACUUAAUAGCAAUGUAUACUUCAUGCCUGUAAUGUAGAUGUUAGAGGAAGAUGCUGUAUAUAUGAUGGUCACAAAGUUCUUGGCUACGUGAUUCAUUCAUAGUAUUAUUCCCAGCUUUUUACACACACAACUUGAAUGUUAUACUUGAUUUAUUAGUGUCAUAUCCUUUGGUAAACAUGUUUUCUUGCCCAAACUUCUGUCUCUAUUGAUUUAGCAGAGACUUUUUUCAUUUCAUUUUUAUAUUUAGGUGAAUAAUAAUUGUAGUAUGAUAAUGCUAAAUAGUUUAAUUGAUUGUCAUAUGUUUCUGCUUAUACAUCUGUCCACCUUGUUACAGUAUGCAGUAAAUUGUUUACUGCACUUCUCCACAGUUUGCAAUAUAUUUCUACUGCACUUCUCAGGUAGAAUGUAAUUUUUACAAGACCCCUUACAAAUAAAAGUUACACACUAUACACACUA